UAACUCAUAUCAUGCAGGUGUUUAUCAAAGGAAUGAUAUCGUAUACAUUUUAAUUAAUCGAUCCUUUUUUCUUUCACUUUGAUACAUAUAGUCACCCAGAGCGCGUGUGCACAAUUAAAAAUGAUCAGUUGAUAAAACUUUCAGUGUUAAACAAUACAGUAUUCAAAAUGAAGUUAAGUGCAGUUGUUGCGUUUUCCAUAUUAUGGCUAUCCGGGAAUGUGCAAGCAAGAUGUGUAAUGCGUGGAGAAUGUAUCAAUAUUGGAGGUUUUGACAAAGCUUGUCCAGUGGAUAUAGAAGCUCCAUCGCUUCCUCUAGAAGUAGAUGAGGAAGAAAGAGAAGAACUUGUUGAUAUACUCGGAAAUAGAUGUCCGGGCCUUGUAUUUGAUGAAGAUGGCAAUAGGAAACCGUACGAAGAAAUUGUCACAUGCUGUGAUGCGGAACAAAUCAGGAAGAUGUCUGACAGUUUAAUGUUGGCUGAAGGAGUACUUGGUCGCUGUCCUACUUGCUACCGAAACUUUGUCAGACAAAUCUGCGAAAUGAAUUGUUCACCAGAUCAAAGCCGUUUCGUUACUGUUUAUACGGAGAACUCGACUGAUGGAAUAGAAUAUGUAAAUGAAGUAGAUUACAGACUCCAUGAAGACUUCAUGUUAGGUGCUCAUGCGUCGUGCCUUGGAGUGGUAGUCCCUCAGACUGGCUUACCCGCUAUUAACCUAAUGUGUGGCAAUGCUCCUGUAUGUGAUGCACAAUCGUGGUUUGGUUUCUCUGGUGAUUUUGAAAACAACCCUUUGGCGCCCGUACAAGUCAACUUCAUACCGACUUCAACGCCAGAAAAUUCCAUGAACGCCAUCGCUCUGCAUUGCAAUGAAACAUACGAUGGUGAUCUUCCUUGCAGCUGUGUCGACUGUACUUCGGUAUGCCCUACGGGGACACGACCUGUAGUAACUCAACCUUGUACUGUUUUAUCUAUUAACUGUGCAUCUUUUGGGGUAGGUGUAUCUUUCUUUGUUGUUGGUGUUACUUUUUUCAUAAUAAUGACAUUGAGGGUGAAACCAUCAACUACACAAAAUAAAAAUAUACGGAAAGACAAUAAGUUCAUUCAAGUUUUCCAAUCCAUAUUCGCGUAUAUUGGUGCAUUUGUUUCUAGUAAUCCUAUAUUAGUUAUAAUGUUAACAUCUUGGAUAACAUUCUUCAUGGCGAUUGGUGUAUACAAUCUGAAUUUGACCUCAAAUCCGAUAGAAUUGUGGUCAGCACCAGAUUCCCGCAGUCGUCAAGAAUUAAAUUACUUUAAUUCACGAUUUGGUCCUUUCUAUCGUGCUGCUCAGGUCUUUUUGCGCUUUGACGGUGAAACAUUUAAUGUGAACAAUGUCACAUAUGGACCUGCUUUUCGAUUUGAGAACAUUCAACGAUUAAUUGAACUUGAAGAUGCUAUUAUAGAUAUUAAUAGAGACAAUGGCGGUGUAACACUGGAACAAGUAUGUUACGCUCCACUUAGAAUGCGUGGGGGUGAACAAAGGCUUGACCAGUGUGUAACGAUGUCAGUUGGUUCCUAUUUUGGAGGUGAUAGAGACAACAUAAACAAUAACACGUAUCUUAAUGUAAUUCAGAAUUGUUUGAAUAAUCAUUACGCGUUAAAUUGUCUUUCGAGUUGGGGUGGCGGUGCAGAGCCAGAACUCUCAUUGGGUGGAUAUGAUGACAAUAUGUUGUUAGCUGAUACUUUGUUAUUAAAUUUUCCAAUUGCAAAUCAUCUUCUUGAAGAAAAUUUAAUUCCGGUUUUAGAAUGGGAAGAUAACUUUUUAGAGCUGAUGCAUAAUUUUACAGCUUCUAAUCAAGACAUAAGAGUAUCUUUCGGUGCUGAAAGGUCAGUUGAGGAUGAAAUUAGGCGUGUAUCAGUUGCAGAAGCUGUUCCUAUUGCUAUAAGCUACGUUAUUAUGUUUAUUUAUGUAACUUUUGCUUUAGGUAACAUCAGAUCUUGUAGGAUGUGGUUAAUCGAUAGCAAAGUGAUGGUUGCUCUGGGCAGUAUUUUGGUGGAGCUUAUAUCAAUAUUUUGUGCUAUGGGUGUAAUGGGUUUUGCAAAUAUUACUGCAACGUUGCUUGCCAUCAACGUUAUCCCAUUUUUUGUAUUAUCUGUAGGUAUCGAUAAUGUCUUCUUAAUGGUAAACGCUUUAUAUGAUAUUGAAAAUAAUAUAAAAAGUUUCAGUGAUUACAGUGAAAAUUUCAGUUUUGAUAAACGUCGAAGAUUUAUUUUCUCUAAAAUGAUGGGUAAAGUAGGUCCAUCUAUGUUUGUAUCAUCCGUCACUCAAGUUACGUGUUUUGCCAUCGGCAGCUUGGCAAACUUUCCCGCAGUUGUGACAUUUGCAGUAUUUGCAACUUUAUCGUUAGCGUUUUUGUUUGUAUUCCAAAUUACAACGGUUGUCGCCAUAUUAUCUCUAGAUUAUAAGAGGGCGCAUCAAAACAGAUUAGAUAUAUUUUGUUGCAUUCAAAAGAAAAUUUUAAAUGACGACGAUCCAUUAAACUCUGAUACGCCCCAUCAAAGUAUUACUCAAAGACUUAUGGAACCGUAUGCAAAAGUUUUAUUGAAAUGGCGUGUCAAAUUGAUUGUAGGUACACUUUUUCUGAUCAUGGUGUUUAGUAGUAUGGCUAUGGCUCCUAAUUUAGACGUUGGUCUGGAUCAAGAGAUGGCUCUCCCGCAUGAUUCUUAUGUGUACAGUUAUCUGCAAGCUGUCAAUGAUCUUAUGCAUCUCGGUCCACCAGUUUACUUUGUACUCAAGGGCGGCUUGAAUUUUAGUAAUGUUUAUCACCAAAAUACUAUAUGUGGAGGUCAAAUGUGUAAUAAUGACUCUCUUGCAACACAAAUAUUUUUAGCAGCUCAACAUAGUGACGUUACUUUUAUAGCUAGAAGUUCUAACUCAUGGUUGGACGACUUUUUUGAUUGGUCUUCUUUAUACGGAUCUUGUUGUAAAUAUAAUACUACGUCCGGUGGAUUUUGUUCCAGCGUGGACAAUUCUCCAGAAUGUUCAUAUUGUACUAUACCGAGAGAUGAAUGGGCAAAUAGAUUGAGACCGUCUGGUGAAGCAUUUGAAUCCUACUUACCGUUCUUUUUACAAGAUGCCCCAACUGACAUAUGUAACAAAGGUGGUCUUGCUAGUUACUUCAAUAACGUUAUUUACGUGUUAGACUCUGAAGGUCGAGCUCAAAUACACGAUAGCAAUUUCAUGGCCUAUCAUACGAAUUUGCGAACUUCAUACGAUUAUAUUUCAGCUGUUAAAUUUGGGUAUGAGAUCAGUCAUAAUAUAUCACAAGCUAUACUUGAACAUACAGGUGUUGAUGUAGAAGUUUUCCCAUAUUCUGUAUUUUAUGUCUAUUUCGAGCAGUAUCUUACUAUGUGGCGAGAUACGCUUGCCUCUUUAGCCUACUGUAUCUUGGGUGCAUUUAUCUUGAACCUCAUAGCAUCUGGAUUUAAUUUAUUGACUUCGUUCGCUGUGCUAUUGACUUCUGUAAUGGUUAUCAUAGAUAUGAUGGGUGUCAUGUAUUUGUGGAGUAUUCCUUUGAACGCUGUCUCGUGUGUUAAUUUGAUCGUGUCUAUUGGUAUCGCAGUUGAAUUCUGCAGUCAUAUCGCCUAUGCUUUCGCUACCAGUAAAGCUCCUAGAGAAGAGCGGGUCGAGGAUGCUCUCAAAUCUGUAGGACCUACCGUUAUUACAGGUAUUACAUUUACUAACAUACCUAUUAUCGUGUUAGCGUUUUCUUAUACCGAAAUAAUUGAGGUAUUUUUCUUCAGAAUGUUUUUCAGUUUGGUAUUGCUAGGGUUUCUUCACGGCAUGGUAUUCUUCCCUAUAUUGUUAAGUUACCUGAACGAUAUAGGAAGGGACAGAGAGACUAAAAACACACAGGUUCAAAUUCGCGCUAAUGAAACGCUUGAGAGUUAGUUUAAUGCUUCGUAAUGGUAAUGGUAAUGAUAUUAUUGUGAUUUUAUUUAAUUAUGCUUUUCUCUUUCUCUUUUCUAUUGCAGCCUAUCAUGAGAUUAAACAUAGUAACUUAGUAAGAAUAAUUUAUUUUUAAAUUAAUUUUAUUGAUUAAAUUUGAUUUGAGUACAAAGAUAGAUAAAUAAAUACUUAAUAUUAAUUUUAUUAAUACUUAUAUAUAAAAUCGAUAUAUUAGAUUUUAUAGAAGUAUUUAUAAAUGUAGUUAUAAAUACUUCUAUAAAAUAAGUAAUGUAUGUGAAAGAGAUGUUUGGAUUGAAUAUAUAUUAACUACUUUGUUACGAAGAACCGUAUGAAAUCCUAUCCUGGGUUUUUUUGUUUUAAGCUAUUUAACAUCACAUUUCUCGGUGUUUGCCUGUUUUGUUAUAAAUUGAUUAAAAACCUAAUGUUCAUUGUUCAAGCGACCUGAAUUGUGUUAAUUGGAUGUAAUUUUAAGAAAAUAGGACUUAAAACUGUUGAUAAUUAAUUUAAUUUUCGUUCAGACACAGGUCUGUAAGUGUUUGUCAAACAUUUUUAUGUCAAUUUCUAAAUUGUUCAAAGUGGCUUUGAAAUACAAUUGUAAUAAAAGAUUAUUAUAAAGUAAACUAAUUAAAGACGCAACUAGCCAGUU